UUCCAGUCACGUGAUACGAUUAACUUCAGUAGUGGCUCAGCGUUUUGCUGCAAAGGUCUCACGAACACUUCUGAUGCGAGUUAGAGUUUUUGAUCUUUAAUAGUUUUGUUCUCUGACUUACAAGGUAGCGUUGCACUGAAACCUUUUCGCAGAACAUUUGUCCUGCAGCUGUGAAGAACGGUGCUGUUGUGUUGGGCAUAUUUUGGUGCUAGUUAACUACGGUUAGCUCGUUAGCUAACACCGACAUGAAUAUGGACAACGUGAAUCAGUCUGUAACAACAGGAGUGCCUUCUACGACGUCUUCAACAGCAAGUAACUGCAUCGCUAAUGAUAAUACGACAACCAACGUGAGCAGCAUCCCUUCGGUCACGAGUAAUGCUUCAUCCUCGUCAGCCGUGGUGACACCGUCUGCAGACACAUCUGUCUCUAAUGGAGUCUACGUUCCUGGUGGCAUCACCAACGGUGAUGUGAAGCCUGCUGUCUCCACCACGCCGCUGGCUGAUUUCCUCAUGCAGCUGGAAGAUUACACUCCCACGAUUCCUGAUGCAGUCACGGGCUACUACCUCAACCGGGCUGGCUUUGAGGCUUCUGAUCCAAGGAUAAUUCGUCUGAUCUCCCUUGCUUCCCAGAAGUUUAUCUCGGACAUCGCCAACGAUGCGCUGCAGUACUGCAAAAUGAAAGGCACCGCCUCAGGAAGCUCAAGAAGUAAGACAAAGGAUAAGAAGUACACGUUGACUAUGGAGGACCUGACUCCUGCCCUCUCAGAAUAUGGCGUCAAUGUCAAGAAACCUUAUUACUUUACAUAAAACUGUCUUUUAGAGCUUUUUGCUAUUGCUAGUACUUAUCUCCCUGCUUACACAGCAUAGUUUGUCAUCACCUUUAUUGCUAAUUUUUUUUUUUCUCACCUUGAGUUAGUACAACUUUGACAAAUCUUUGCAGUUUGUCUUUUUUUUGUGAAGCAAUCUUUGCAUUUUGUUAAUUUGUAAAAAUGUUGUUUUAUUGUGAAAAUAAAACCUUUAACAGAAACCUUUUUCUA